ACCUCGGAAAAGUUCCUUGGAAUAAAAUUCUUUGAUAAAUUCUGUAAUCCCAAUCCCGUAGUAUGCCAUUAAUGUUGUGACGUGUAAUAUUUUUCUACCCACAUAAAUUAUAAUAUUAUUAGAAUCGACGGGAUUGGCUGGAUACAGUGUACUGUUUAGGAAAAUAUCAUGAUGCAAGAUGAGGACUUGGGCGGAACACCGAGGCGGAACAUUUUUAGUCAAGGACUAAUAAGAUUAUCACAGGUAUAUCAGAGUUAUCUGGACGUAUGGACUCCCCAUGCUAUCUCAAGAUGGAUAUUUGCUGCAUUUCUUUUAGCCAUAUUUAUUUUGCGGAUUUUAUUGACACAGGGUUGGUACAUUGUUACAUACGCCCUGGGAAUUUACCACCUUAAUCUGUUCAUUGCAUUCCUCACACCAAAAAUCGAUCCCGCGAUGGACUUCGAUGAUGGAGAUGGUCCCGAACUCCCCACGAGAUCGAACGAAGAGUUUAGGCCAUUCAUAAGGCGGUUGCCAGAGUUUAAGUUCUGGUAUUCAGUGACCAAAUCUACGAUUUUUGCAAUGGUGUGCACUUUAUUCGAUUGCUUUAAUAUCCCAGUAUUCUGGCCAAUCCUUGUUAUGUAUUUCAUAACUCUCUUCUGCAUUACUAUGAAACGUCAAAUAAAGCACAUGGUGAAGUACCGAUACCUGCCGUUUACACAUGGGAAACCAAAAUACCAAAACCACGAAGAUACUUCGAGAUUAAUACCUCCGAAAUGAGUAGCAGCAGCCACCAGUGGUGGACGAGUGUAUAAAGAUAAUGCGUAAAUGUGCGUAGUUCUUAAAUUCUUCAAAAAUCCUGUGUAAAUGCCCAAGAACUUUGGUAAUGAAUAGUUAAUUUUUUUUAUUAUACCAUCAUCUAGAAAACAAUUGAUAUAAUUGAAAUAUGAAGGAUACAAAAUAGGAGUCAAAACUCCUGGAUAUAAUAUUAACUGGUAUAUGAAAUAAAAUGUAUUAAUAUAUUUGUAACAUAAACUUGUACAACCUAUUGUUAGGGUCUUACAUUGUUUCUGGACACAGUAAAAAUAUUAUAAACUGCAUGCAGUUGUUAAUGUAAUAUUAAAUUAUCGCUGAGUGUAAAAAAUAAGACAUAAUAGGUAAGAUUGAUCGGAAUGAUUCGAAUUUCUUUCACAACUCCACCAAACUAAAAUGGUUAUUAUUUCAGUAUGUAUAUUUUACUAUCAAUUCGAAGGAAAAAAUAUAUAUUAAUAUACUUGUGUUUGUAUAUUCACUCAAUGUACCGCAGUAAUUCAUGUAUAUAGAUUUCUUUUUAAUUUCAACCAACAAUGGCUCAAACUAGUCAAGUCAUCAAAAUUAGUUGGACCCUUUUAAAUGAACACUGUAUGUAAGUAGCAAAGAUAAUUUAUUGCCUAGC